CGCCGGCUCGCCCAGCGGCUGCGGGCGGGGAGCAGCGAUUGCGGCCUGGUCUGCCCGUGGCAGAGAGGGAGGGGAAGGGGCUGCGCCAUGGACCGGUUCGCCUGGACCAGUGGGUUGCUGGAGCUCGGGGAGACGCUGGUGGUCCAGCAGCGCGGCGUGCGGCUCUGCGACGGGGAGGAGAAGGUGAAAUUUGAUAGCGGAGUACUACUCCUUAGCACACACAGACUAAUCUGGAGGGAUCAGAAGAAUCAUGAGUGCUGCAUUGCUUUACCUCUGUCUCAGAUUGUCUUUAUUGAAGAGCAAGCAGCUGGGAUAGGAAAAAGUGCCAAAAUAGUAGUUCAUCUUCAUCCUGCUUCUUCAAACAAAGAGCCUGGUCCAUUCCAAAGCAGCAAAUAUUCCUACAUCAAACUUUCUUUCAAAGAACAUGGGCAGAUUGAGUUCUAUAGACGAUUAUCAGAAGAAAUGACACAAAGGAGAUGGGAGACCAUGCCUACUGGUCAGACCAUCCAAGUUAACAAGGAUCCACAGGCAGGAAGAAUAAGGGCUGUAGGAAUUGUGGGGAUUGAAAGGAAAUUAGAGGAAAAAAGAAAAGAGACUGACAAAAACAUUUCCGAGGCUUUUGAGGAUCUCAGCAAACUAAUGGAGAAGGCUAAGGAAAUGGUGGAGCUAUCCAAGUCAAUAGCUAAUAAGAUUAAAGAAAAACAAGGUGACAUCACUGAGGAUGAGACUAUUAGGUUCAAGUCCUAUCUACUGAGUAUGGGUAUAGCUAAUCCAGUUACUAGGGAAACAUAUGGAUCUGGUACACAUUACCACAUGCAACUGGCGAAGCAACUAGCUGGAAUACUGCAGACACCAUUAGAGGAGCGAGGAGGGAUCAUGUCACUUACAGAAGUGUACUGUCUAGUAAAUCGUGCACGAGGAUUGGAGUUGCUGUCACCAGAAGACUUAGUAAAUGCUUGUAAGAUGCUGGAGUCACUGAAACUGCCACUAAGGCUUCGGAUAUUUGACAGUGGUGUGAUGGUGAUUGAACUCCAGUCUCAUAAUGAAGAGGAAAUGGUAGCUUCUGCUUUAGAGACAGUUUCUGAAAAGGGUUCUCUCACAGCUGACGAGUUUGCUAAGCUGGUGGGGAUGUCUGUUCUCUUAGCCAAAGAAAGGCUGCUUCUUGCUGAAAAGAUGGGCCAUCUUUGCAGAGAUGAUUCAGUGGAAGGCUUGAGAUUCUACCCAAAUUUAUUUAUGACACAAAGCUAAUGUAGUUUGUGUACAAUUUUUUACGUUAACAGCUAAACAUGAAAGCAGAGGGCAGAACCCUUCCAACAACUGACUUUAGAAUUUUUAUUUUGUUAGUCAACUGCAACAGCAAUGGACAUUGCAAUGCUUUACAGUUCUCAGGUAUUUCAAGUGCUGAAUCCUCUUACGUGGAACUGAAAGGAAACGGGAAUCACGGAGUCAGAAGCAUGUUAAUUGUCUCAAGACGGCUAGCUCACAUUUCAAGUUUUAUUUGGUGUGCUCUGUAGUUUCUCAUUUCAAGAGAAGUCAGAUGAAGAUUCCAUACAAGUGAAAGUGAAGAGAAUAUCCCUGUAGCCUGUCAUGAGGGUCGGCACCCAGAAGACAGGUUACUGCAUACUCCAAUUUCAGUUUGUUUAUGUCUAGAGCAACAAAGCAGACAGAUGUAUCCGCAGUGAUAAGAAAAGUGACUUUGGUGUGUACUGAGGUAUGAGGAACAAAUUAGUGCAGAAUAACCCCUUCUCCCUGAAGUGAUGAACAGUUUUCCAAGAGAGGAUCUUGGGCUCCUUGUACUUUGAGACAGAAAGAACCUGCUGCAGGAGACAUUAACAUAUAUUUAUGUGAAUUUAGAAAACUUCAUGUUUAUUUCGUCAUGUCUUAUGCUAGUAUCUCAGAUAGAAGCAUUGUUAGCACAGACUUCCUCCCUUCUCUUUCCUUGCCAUCUUCCUUCCUGUCUCAUUAUGUUGCACUUUGGGUGCUCUUUCUCUGUCCUCUCUUUAUGUAGCAGCGUGGAGUAGCCUGCUGUCACUCUACUAGACUCUGUGCUUUAAUGUGCUUGGUUUUCAUCUUGUAUUUCCAAUGAAAGAUCAUUUGUUCGUUUCAUCAGCCUGCUACCUGUUUUGGAGAGAUGGUUCAUUUGCUUAUAUCUUGUGUGCAAAAAUUAAUGUGCUUUCAAUAUUGAAGGAAGGAAGAAGACCAUCUCCCUGUGUUUAAUAGUCAUGAGGUAUUGUAUUGUUUGGUAUUGCAGUGUUCACACUGAAUGCAAUUUGAUAGUCUCAGCUUUCAUAACUCCAGUGGAGUUGUUACAUUACUCAAAGAUCUGUUGUUGUGGUAAUAAUGGUAAGUGGAUGUUUAUGAUCCACAUCACUUAAAUUUUUGGCAUUUUGAAAUGACCAGUUUUAAUAAACAAUGAUAUUAAUUCAAGGUAUGGGCAAGGACAACGUUCAUGUAACUGCAUUGUGGUUGUAAUGGCCAAAUUGACAUCAGUAAAAAGAGGAGAAAAAGGCUUUUAAGAGCCUGAAAAUAUCUUCAGGACUAUUUUGAUGUUACCAUAGCUUGGACAAGAGAGCCUGCCAAUAACGAGUUCAAUGAAGACAUCCCUACAGUGAUGAUGCUUUUGGUUCUAGGAUGCUCAUUUAGAUCCAGGAAAUUGUGUCCUCUUACCCUCGUCACGAUCAAACUUCUAUGCAGUGCUUUCUUUAGGACAGUUUUUCUCUGUUUCAUGAAGGUGCUAAAACUAAUGCAUUUGACGCAGCUGAAGGUUCCACAUUGUUCUUACUAUGUUAACUUGCUAGCAUCAUCUCUUCAGGAGCCUUAUGGCUUGCUGCUUUUCUCCAUCCUCCCCACAACCCACAGAAGAGAUCUAUGUGAGGUACGCCAAGCAUCACACAUCUAAGGAGGGACUGAAAAGAGAGACAUUCAGAAGCAAGAAGCUGGUUUACGACAACUGUUUCUUUUGUCCCAAACCUGUCAAGGGAAAGACCAGUGGUUUGUGGGCUUGAACCUCUCCCCACAAGGGGGCAUGUCUUCUGCAGAAACAACAAAAUCAGAAAGGAAAUGUUGAGCGUAAACUCCCAGCCUCGGUUGCUCCAAUCCUGAGCAUGUCAUUAUCUUAAUUAAGCAAUAACAAUACAGUCUAUUUAGAAUGAUGGUACCUUCUCGAGCUUUUCUUUCCCAAGAUUUUUCCUUGUCUUUUUUUUUUUUCUACAGAGAAGAAAUCUAUAGGGUAAAUUUUAUAGCUGGUUUAGAAUUUAAACAUACACAUGAGAAAAUGACUACUAGAAAGUGAUUAAAAGAUUUUCUUAAA